GCUUCCGUAACUGUCCUUUUGCUGGCGGUACGAUAAUCAAGCAAAAUGACGGAGGGUAUAGUUACAAUUAGAACUAGAAAGUUUAUGAGCAACCGGCUAUUAUGCCGCAAACAAAUGGUUGUGGAUGUUUUUCAUCCAGGCCACCCGUCAGUUCGCAAAACAGAAAUCCGUGAGAAGCUAGCUAAAAUGUACAAAGUUACACCAGAUGUAGUAUUUGUAUUUGGCUUCCUAACCAACUUUGGUGGUGGCAAAUCGACUGGAUUUGCAUUGAUCUAUGACACAUUGGAGUAUGCAAAGAAAUUUGAACCGAAGUACAGGUUAGCAAGGCAUGGACUCUUUGAGAAACAGAAACAAACAAGGAAACAGCGUAAAGAACGUAAGAACAGAAUGAAGAAAGUUAGAGGUACUAAGAAGAGUAAAGUUGGAGCUGCAUCGAAAAAGUAAAACCACAAGAUAUCAUGAAGACCAAGAUUUAUUCAAUAUGGACGUAAAAAUUAUUAUAAUAAUUUAUUACAACAGAAUGAUGAUUAUGAUAAGUUUUACGGAAUAAAUGUGUACUUUUCUUGAUGAAAACAA